UUAUAAAUUCAUUGUACUUUAAGUUGAAGUAAACAAAGUCAUUAAAAAAGAGAAUGUAAAAAAUUUUAAUGAACAGCACGAAGAAGCACAAAGAGGAACUGCGCAAAAACAAGAAAUGUGGCGCUCUAGAAAUCUAUGCGAUCCGUUAUAAAGAAGUUAAAAAUCAAAACAAGCGCGGUGAGAGAAAAAAGUAUCUAUUAUUAAAAAAUAAGUAGAUUUCAGUCGAUUUUUCUACGUGACUCAGUGCAGACAUAGAAAAUUGAGUGCAAGAUAUAAAUAAAAUUUUCAUUUCUUAUUGAAAAGAGAAUCAAAGAGUAAAAAAAAGAAAACAAGUGAAAAGCCUUAAAAACUUUUUUUGGUCAAGAACCUGAAAAUCAAUCAAAUUUAUUAGUGUAGUCUUUUAUCAGAUUUAGUGACUGUUAAAUGUGUGAAAUGAAACAUAAUUCACACAUUAAUCACUUACGAUCACAACUUGAUUUUCGAAGCUUCUCCGUCUCAUUCUUUGAGGAUUUCUACAUUAUUAAUAGUGAAAAUUUAAAUUAUUCUGACAAAGUCAAGCGUGUUUAAGAUUUUCGAAGUUAAAAGAGCAAGUAAACGUUGCACCUACGCACGUUUUCAAUAUUUUUUUGUUCGUCGACCAAAGAUCGACAACCAAAGUCACAUCCCAUCGAAGUGAUAAAAUUUUUUAUUUUAUUCACCACCCUAAAACCAAUUAGUCUACUCAGGACAUCUUAAAAGUCAUUACUUGUACUUUAAACAGUAAUAAAGCAACGCAAGAUUAAUAGAAAGUUAAGAGAUAUUUUUUUCGUGAAUUAUGGAACGUCAAGAGCAAAAAAUAUCGUGGCUCAGCAAUCUAAAAGCACCAAUGGCCGGUGCUUUUAGUGGUUGUGUGACUAGAGCCAUCACUCAACCUUUGGAUUGUUCCAAAGUACGUUUACAAUUGCAAGUUGAACCUGUUGCCAAUGUUGCUGGCGCUAGAUAUACUGGAACUAUCCAGACACUCAUUGCAAUAUUUCGAGACGAAGGAGUUUUUGGAUUAUGGAAGGGUCAUAUUCCUGCACAAUUACUCAGUGUCUUUUAUGGACUCGGCCAGUUUGCUGCUUAUGAUCAGUUAAACUCAGCCGGUCGACAUGUUAAGUUACUUAAUGAACAUUCUGAUACGCGUCAUUUUAUUUGUGGUGGUAUCGCUGGAGCCGUUGGAAAUACUGUCUCAACACCAUUCGAUGUUAUAAGAACGAGAAUCAUUGCACAAGAUCAUGGACGUGGAUAUUCAUCAAUGCGUGAUGGGUUGAGAUUAAUUUUUGUCAAUGAGGGUGUUCGUGGAUUAUUCAGAGGCUUGGGACCCUCAGUCUUACAAGUCGCACCGUUAACAGCGAUACAAUUCUGGGCUUACAAUGUAGUCAUAGAGACUGUAUUAGAUUACACGAAAUCUGAGUAUGUUAAUCAUUAUCCUUAUUUCAUCGUUAUCUCUAUCAUUAACAUUACCAAUUAUCGUUCCAGUCGUGCAACACCCCAUUUAAUUCUAUUUGCUGGCGCUAUUGGUGGUAUAGUAUCAAAGACAGCUGUCUAUCCACUUGAUCUGUGCAAAAAGCGAUUACAAAUUCAAAAAUUCCAAAACUCUCGCACAACAUAUGGUGAACAUUUCAUUUGUAAAGGUCUUUGUGACUGUUUGGCUAGAACCAUCAGCAGAGAAGGUUAUAGAGGCUUGUUCAAAGGACUCUUGCCAUCAGUCAUUAAGUCCGGUAUUGCAACGGCUCUUCACUUUUUCAUGUACGAAGAACUUCUAAGUAUUCUGGUUCGUGUUCAAAUUUAGAAAUGAAAAAACAUUAUCGAAUAUUAUUUGACAUACACUUAUGCACACACAGUAUCGAUAUCAUUUUUCACAAUAAGAAAUAACAGAAAAAAUAAUAAGUAGCCCGUAAAAGAAUCAGAGAAUUAAAAAGUAUACAACAAUUUUGAAUUAACAAUUAUCAUAAGGAACAAGCGAAAAAAAUAAUAAUAAUUUAAUGAUAAGGAACUACUGUUAACGUGUGACAUGAACUGACGAGAAUAGCUUGUUUGAAUUUUGUAUGCUUUUUGAGAGCAUUUUAUCAUUUAGAAUGCUGCAUGAUUAAUUUAAAUUGUGACUCUAUAUUAUAUUCGAAUGAAAAUAUUACAUUAAAGAUAAUUCUGACAAAAAAAACAGUUGUAGCAUGAAUGAAUAAUGCUCAUAUUAUGAGGAAGUCUUAUUUGUAGAUCAGGGAGUGCCAAUUGAAUUUAGUUGGGGAAAGAGAAAGUUUUCUGAAUCCUGUUUUCAAUGCUGAAUUUUAUAAACACAAUGAGAAGAAAGUUUGAUUUGAAACUCAGAGAAUUGCUGAAGGUAGUUGACUUGUAUGUAGGCUAGUAUGGAAAUAUUGAAUAUUCUUAGCUGUUUGUGGCUUGAUGAACCAUUGAUUAGGCAUUAGAAAUUAGGGAGAUUUGCUUAAAUCUUUCAAACAAUCAGGACAGUCCUUAAGUCACAUGCCUUGUGAAUCAGCACUUACAUGGAAUUUGCUAAUUCUACUUUCAACAGCAGUUUCUGGAUCAUUAUUUGACAUACUUUAAAUUCGACAAAUACUUGCAUCAUCAAAAAAUAUUAAAAAUAUUCCAGUGCAUUGAAAUUUGAGCAUAAAAUAGUCAAAUUAGUGACAAAUCGAUCAAUUUUCAUGUCAAUUAAAAUACACGCGAUACUUCAGUCUGGGAAAUUGAGUAAGAUGAAUCAAUUGGCACUCCUUGACAUACAUUCUUUGCAAUAUUUUCGAUCUCAUGAUAAAUUCUAAAUUGUCAAAGAAUUAACUUCUGUUACAUGAUUAUUAUUAAAAUGCCGUGUGUUGAUUAAUUUAUAUCCUUAAAUUUUCUUAGUUUUUAAUUCCUACCUCGACCUU